GAUUAAUCGAGCUCCCUGAAGUAGAGUAAAUGCUCUUUGCUCUCUCGCACACACUGGAAUGAACUUGCUCGGCGUGUGAGAUCACGUCUACGGUGCUGCGAUGAAUGGAUUAAAAAUGCGAAACUCUGGCCUGGUCUUGCUCCCCCUGCUGGUAGCCUCAGUCUAUACUGGGAACAUUCUGCUCUUUCCUGUGGAUGGCAGCCACUGGAUCAACAUGAAAAUCAUGAUUGAGGCUCUUCAUGCCAAAGGUCACAAUAUUACAGUCAUGCGAGCUUCGGACAGCUGGUACAUUGAAGAAACGUCCCCGUUGUACACUUCCAUCACUUUAAGAAGCUCAGCGAUUUUUGAGCAAGAAUUCAUGCAGAAUGUUAUAAGCAGGUUCUUGGAAAUUAUGAGGGAGGGUUCCAUGUGGGCUCGCCUGAAACUGGAGAAGGAGAUGUGGGACAUGUCCCUUGAAAUUAUUGAGAAAGAGAGAAGACAGGUGAUCAGCAUGAUUGAAGACCAGGAACUAAUGCAGUCCUUGAGAGAUGCCAAAUUUGAUGUGUUUAUUACUGACCCUGCGCUAAUGAGUGGCCCCAUAUUAGGUCAUUAUCUCAACCUGCCAUUUGUCUUUAAUGUUCGGUGGACCAUAUAUCAUGAGGGCCAUUUUGCAAUCGCUCCCUCACCCCUUUCUUAUGUACCAUUGCCAAUGUUAGAGCUGUCGGACCACAUGAGCUUUUUUGAGAGAGUGGUAAAUGUUGUCAUUUUCAUUGUAACUGAAUUACAGAUUAAAUACUUUAUAGCUUCAAGCUACAAUGAACUGUGUAAUAAGAUAUUUGGUCCAGGGGUAGACUACUUUGAAUUAGUCCAAGGAGCAGAUCUGUGGCUCUUCAGAGUUGAUUUUACCUUUGAAUUUCCACGCCCUACUAUGCCAAACGUUGUCUACGUUGGUGGUUUCCACUGCAAGCCAUCCAAACCUCUUCCACAGGAUCUUGAGGACUUUGUGCAGAGCUCUGGUGAUCAUGGCGUCAUUGUCAUGUCGCUGGGAACUAUGGUUGGUCAGCUUCCUCAUGAUGUAGCCAGUUCAAUAGCUGAGGCUUUUGCAGAACUUCCACAAAAAGUGAUCUGGAGAUAUAAAGGAGACAGACCAUCCACUGUGGGGAACAAUACCUUAAUAAUGGACUGGAUACCCCAAAAUGAUCUCCUUGGCCACCCUAAGACCAGGGCGUUUGUAGCUCAUGGUGGAACCAAUGGAAUUCAGGAAGCUAUCUAUCAUGGAGUUCCCAUCAUUGGUUUCGGACUCGUCUGGGAUCAGCCUGACAAUCUUUCAAAAAUGAGGGUGAAGGGAGUCGCAAAAAAUGUCAAUUUCGCAGCUGUGGACAAAGACUCCUUCCUUUUAACUUUGAACGAAGUGCUCCAUGACCCUUCAUACCGGGAAAACAUGCAAAGACUCUCCAGACUCCACAGAGAUGUGCCAAUAAAACCGUUAGACAAUGCUGUCUUCUGGAUCGAGUACUCGAUGAGGCACGGUGGUGCGGCUCAUCUACGAACACAAUCGUAUAAAAUGCCCUGGUAUUCUUACCACUCUGUAGAUGUUCUACUGUUCCUGCUGUCUGUUCUUACAUUUACUGCCUUCACUACAUUUACAGUCAUUAGACAUGUCUGCUAUAGGCUGUGUAUCAAGAAAAAAGCAACUUCCUAAGAAUACACGUUGCUUAAAAAUAUCCGAGAACCUGCCUUAAGCAUAACACUAACAGGUAAUGUUUAGAAUAGAAUAGAAUUUUCAAUAUACACUAUAUGGCCAAAAGUUUGUGCACCCAUCACCAUCACGUCCAGAUGCGCUUGUUGAACAUCCCAUUCCAGAUUUAUUUCCCCUUUUACAACUGUAUACUUCCAACAUUAUGGUAAUAGUUUGGGGAAGAACGACAUACGGGUGUGAUGGUCAGGGGUGCAUAUACUUUUGGCUUUAUGGUGUGCAUGUUCUUUGUAAAUGUACAAUUGACAAUUUAAACAGUUAUGUACACUAUUCCCCUGAGAAUAAAUCAACCUCUUGAAACUGGGAUUUUCGCUGAGGGCCGUAUUCAGACAUGGCAAUUUAAGUCCAAAAGGUACAUCAGUAUUUACGUGGGAGAAGUACCUCAUCUUCAGACUUGGGUUCUGCAUGUACUUAAGUGAAUUUUCUGAGCUCCUCAUUCAGAUGAUUAACAUCCCCUGUGUGUGGUUUACGCCUCUGAAGCUGCCAGAGUUUUCUUGAGUAUAAGACGUGGUUUUUAGACAGUGUCUAGACCACUUCCUGUAAACACAAGUUGGGUGGGGUUCUCAUGUGCAGGAUGGAGUUUGACCAAAGCGGAGGCAUGUCUUAGUUAAACACACUCCUGAUCUUUGAUUUAAGAACACUUUUCGUGAACGUAAGGGUAUAAUAUAGUAGUAAAAGAGUAAUUCAUUCAUCUGUGUCCUGGAUGUACAUGCUCUUUGCUUUUUCACACACACUUGAAUGAACUUAUUUGGCGUAAGUGCUCAUGUCUAUGGUGUGUCUGAAUUUUUCACUUCGUUUGACUAUUGAAUAGUAAUUUCCAAUAAUCAUUCGAAAUGACCAUUGGUGAUUUCUAUCACCAAACUUUUCAUUUAGUUUGUGCAUAAUAAAUCACAUCGAUUCAAACGUUUACAUUAUGUUAUAGUAUGUAGAAUAUAUUUAGCCAAAUCUCUAUUUCUAGAUGCCCUGAAUUCAUGAAAUUCCACAUAUUCAUUCCUAUCCCUACUUAGAAGCUUAUUACAGAGGAAUUUCACCAAAUGUACAUUGUUGUUGGAUUUACUGUAUGUUGGAUUAUAUAUUAAUAUGUAUUAUGUAAAAGAGUAUAGCAUUUUUGUGAUUUUUAGCAAUAAAGAAAUCAUUUUCAAACAAUUUUCCUGCAAAUGUU